AUGUCUCUGCAGGUGUCGUGGGUGCGGCACAGGGACGUCCACCUGCUGACCGUCGGCCGCUACACCUACACAAGCGACCAGCGCUUCAGAGCCAUCCACCAGCCCCACUCCGAGGACUGGACGCUGCAGAUCAAGUACCCCCAGCACAGGGACUCGGGGGUGUACGAGUGCCAGGUGUCGUCCACACCGCACCUCAGCCACUUCAUACACCUCACGGUGAUCGGUAAGUAUCUACAUGGUGGAUAA